AUGGCGACCAACGCAGACCACAAUGACUUCAGCAAUGCUGCCACCCGGACCAAUGUCAUCAACAACGGCGGUAGCCCUGGCUCUACAUCCCAAGAUUUCGAAAAGGUGACUCGCGGGAUGAGCCAUGAGGAGAGGGUGGCCGCUCAGAAUGCCGCUCGCUUUGGUUACGGUCCUUUGGCGAAUGUGAGCAACGAUGCCGACGCCACUCUGCCAGCCUUCGGUGGUGAGUUCCAACCCGGUCUAUACCGGUCAGUCGCCGAACGCAAAUUCGCCAAUCCCGCUCCUCUCGGUCUCUGCGCCUUCGCCUUGACAACAUUCGUGCUCAGCUUGAUCAAUCUGGGGACUCGGGGCGUGUCGGUACCCAACAUCAUCAUUUCGCUGGGCUUUGGCUAUGGUGGCCUAGUACAACUGUUGGCGGGCAUGUGGGAAAUGGCUGUUGGCAACACGUUCGGUGCCACUGCUCUGUCCUCCUACGGUGGCUUCUGGAUUUCCUUCGCCAUCAUCCUCACCCCAGGCGGCUUCGAGAUCGAAAGCACAAUCGAAACCGCAGCCGGUAGCAAGACCUUGCUUGAUUGCAUAGGCUUCUAUUUGAUGGGCUGGUUCAUCUUCACAACCAUCCUCCUCUUCUGCACCCUGAAAUCCACCGUCGCCUUCUUCAUGCUCUUCUUCACUCUCGACCUGUGCUUCCUCUUUCUGGGCAUCGCCUACCUAGAACACGAGAACGGCGCGCCCAGAACCAGCUGCCUGCGCGCCGGAGGUGCCUUUGGCAUCCUAGCCGCCUUUACGGCCUGGUACAAUGCCCUCGCCGGUAUCGCCGACACUUCCAACAGCUUCUUCAUCAUUCCCGUCGCCCACUUCCCGUGGUCGGAGAGGGGGAAGGCUGCGCGCUCGGUCCACAAGACGGAACAUACCGCAUGA